CCAAGCACGCGUUGCACUCCGUCCGACAACUUGCCGCAACAUUCUUAGCGUAAAAGUUACCGUGGAUGGUUUACUCUAUGUAAUUUGCUGGUUUAAGUUGAAUUUUCUACAAUUUUCCUUCGAACAUCAUUGUGCCAACGACUUUUAACUUAACUCGAACUACGACUGUGCUUGAUUUUAAGUAGCGAUGUGUUUCGCGGAUGUUACCGCUAAAGGUAGUGAUGGGAAAACUUUGCGAAAUGGAAUUAUUCCAACCCCAGAGUUCAAUUGUAUGUACUUGAGUUCACUAACAGUACAUUAUCAAGGUAGUAAGUAAUAUUAUGUAGAUAUUAAAUUGUGCUAUACUGUGUAAAACAUUGAUACAAUUACAAACCACAAACUAUUCUCACCGUAUUGAUUUACUUUUCUAUUAAUACCUGUUACGGGUGGAUGUUGCUAAGUGUAUAAUAUUAUGUUAUUUUUUCAAAAUAUUUUGACUGGUUGACUGAUACUAGAGUGCAUAGUGAAUCUGCGUGGUAUCACCAUUCAGUCUAUUUUAUGUCGCAAAGCAGUUUCUGAUACAAGUACUUUUAAUUACGCUAUCGACAGUUUUAAGAAAUCUUGCGUAAUAUUCUCAAAUAAAUGGUAUUUGUUGUCGUGCAAUAAUCUGCAAGCAAUUUGUUUAUUAUUUUCAAAAAGUAUUUGAAUUUGGCGCUUAAAAUGUUAUUGUCAAAACAGCAAUUUUGCUACACACGUGGAGCUAAUUAAAUUUAAUUAAAUAGAAUUUUUACAAGACUUCCCUGAAUCAUUAUAGCCAUUUAUAGCCUGUCUAUUCAAAUUGAAACGUGCUAAUGUGAAUAAUUGAAGAAAAUGAAUAGAAACUACAGUAGAAGAACCGCGGAACUCCACGAUGAACACUGCUGCGCGGCCAAUGUCAGCGGUAACUUUCGACGCAGCUCAUCAUUGCGGCUGCGCGGCGAAAAGAUGGUACAGCGUUCACCACUUUGCACAAGGAAGUUGAUUCCAAUAAUCACGGAAAACACGCCACAAAAACAACGCAGCGAUGGUUCUCGACUCCAAGAGCCGGGUCAUCGCCAGCGGAGUCAUUCAUUUAAUUCAAAUGCUCAGCAAAAGCCCAAAAAGUCCUGUUUAAAAACACAAGAUGCUUGUAUAGAUCGAAACUUGAGCAUGACUGAUUCUGCCCACACACCACCAGGGUCACCUGAAGACUUACCUGAUGAUGAAUCUCUGCAUAGCUAUGGGAGUGCAGCUACAGCUGCCUCUGUUGAUGCUGGGUAUGCUGCGUUCAAUGGGACCACAUUCAGUGGCAGAUCAAUGCGCUAUGUUUUGCAUUGCUCAUCUCAUGCAGGUUUGGCAGGUGAUGAAUAUCUGACUCCUACACAGAGAGCUCAAAAGCAAAUCCGUCGGCUUAAAAGUAUGCUUAGUCAAGCAAAGAGAGACCUGGAUAAAAAAGAUAGUGAAAUAUUCCAACUAACAAAAGAAGUAGUUGAACUACGUCUUUAUAAAACAUCUAUAUGCUCACCUGACGAAAAAUCAACCUCUAGUGAAAUAGUUACUAUAAGGGAGAAUGCUGAAGAUGCAUUACAUAAUCAAUCAACUUCUAAAUGUGAAAAAUCUUGUAGAAAUUUUGAUGUUAUUGACAGCCCAUUGUUUAAAGAUGAAACACCAACAAGAUGUCGCAAUGAAAUGCAAGGUUCGUUCACUGAUUCUGGACAUUUUGAUGAUCUCACAAACUCAUCUUUACACUCUAAAGAAUCUGUUCAUAUGCUUACACAUGAAGUCUCUUGCAUGACUGAUAUAAAGAAUGCAGAGGAGGAAAGACAUAGUUUGAUUGCAUUUUAUGAGAAAAAAAUUGAGGAUGUUGUUCGCUCUCAUGUUGGAGAAACACAAGAACUUAAAAAAGCUCAUAAUGACAAAGUAGAAGCCUUACUCCAGAAAUUGGCUGAUGUUAACACACGGUAUUGUGAAUUGCUACCUAAUUAUGAACAAGCAAAGGAAAGAAUUCAUUCCUUGGAAAAACAACUGGAAGAAGCAAGUAAGCAGUUAGAGGAUGAAGAUGGUAGAAACCGUUCAAUGUACUUGCAGAUGUACAACAAAGGUGUAGAAGCUGCUAAGUUUGAAAUGGGGAAGGAGAUUGAACCUGGAAUGUCACAAGGGCAAAUGAGCCGAGUUUCGGUGGAAGAGCUACUGGAGCAAUUACAGAUUACGCAGACUGAGCUCGAGAAAAUCCGAGACACGGCAUUCACUGAGGACCGAACGGCAAAAUCACAAGUACUGCUAAGUGCAAAGGAGGCUGUUUCUUUAUGGGUCCUAGGAGCUCGAAAGGCAAUGUACCGUCGCAUUGUCGAGGCGCAGAAAGGUAACAAAAACAACAUCGAUCCCGAAGUGACUCUCCAGUUUCUGAAAUCUGCCAUCUACUACUUCUUGACAGAUCCUGAAAACCAUCAAGGACAUCUAAACGCUAUAGAAAAUAUACUGGGAUUUACUGAAGCCGAAAAGAAAAAUAUUCGCAAGGCAAGAUCGACUUAGACUGCUAUGAAAGUACUUAAAUUAAAUGUCUUUUACAAGAUCUUUUUUGUUAAUUUCUACUUAAGUUCUUGUAUUAGUUAGUAGUAAGAAACAAUGCAGCUAGACGUCCGAGUGAUAUAGAUAAUAUGCACUUAAUAAUAAGUCACCUUUAAAGCAUAAUGAUUUUACACAUAAUAAUAGUUUUAGUAAUGGUGGUUAUUUUUGUUUUGUUGGGGGUUUUAUCGAAUUUAUUUUAUAAGAUAAAUUUCAAAUUGUGAUUUUUAUUAUUGUUAAGCGCCAAAGAAUCAAGUUCCCUUUAUUGUGCAAUUGUUGUGACUAGUUUCACAAUAAAAGCUGCGACUAUACGUUCCUUACAUGUUAGUGAUAUCUUUUAUGUUUUUUCUUUUUAUUUUUUAUAAAUCUUGUUUUAUUUUCAUUGUUAAUUUGCAUGCUGGUCAGCAAAUGACAUACUUUUUUGUUAUUAAUUUUAUGCGUAUGUACUAUAAUCACACGGUCUACAAAAUGUAGAGCUUUAUAAUUUAAAUUUUAUUGUUUGUAAAUAACCAUUAUGAGUAAAGAUUCACGGCGGAAAAUGUUUUCUUUUAACCCGUUUAAAUUACAAAUUAAUAUUAAACAAAAUCCCGUGAAUGUGUACUUUUAGUGUUUAUUUAUUUUAGAUAUGUGUUAUAAGAGGCUAUCUUUCGGGAUAUGAAACGCUACUUAAAUAAUCUUGCCUGAGGUAAUAAUAUUACUGCUGUGAUUGAUUGUUGUAACAUUGUUUAGGCUAAUAAAGUGCAAAUUAAAUUGAUUUAUCAACUUAAGUUGGUAAUUCUUUUACCAUCUCAGUUAUUUCUUUUUUUUACUAGGCAUUUGAAAAACAUUGCAAUUUCAAAAAUUUUAACUAUCUUAUUUUGCUAUAAAAAAAAAUUCAGUACUGUUCCAUGUUUUUCAAUAACCUAGUAAGAGAUUUAAACAAAUCUUAACGAAUCAGUAUAAUUUGCAACUAGAAUUUUAAUUUAUCUCUUAAAAGCAUACUUAGUAGCUAAGUAAAUGUUUUUCUAAUUUUAUCUUUCCGUUCAUUGAUUAGUGAUAUUUAAUAAGGCUAAUUAAAUUACCUUUGCGUCCUAUAGUUAUAUGAAAGCUUAUACCUAGUAAUGUAAUAGGUAUAUUUAUUACUGUAUUUUAGUACAGAUACAACAUACGACAUGCACUAGAUGAAUAGAUAGAAGAUAAUUUCUGUGACAUGAUUUGCUUGCCGUUGUUCCAAUUAAUUAAAGGAUAUAUAAAUACA